AUGGCCGAUUCCGAGCUCACCAACGCAGCAAUCGCCGCCUCACGGACCACCGGAAUCGACGUAGAAACCCUGGGCCUGACCCUCAACACACUACACGAUGCCCUACCCCAAGCCAUCCAAGACAAGAUCGCCCUCGACGACGACUUCGACCAGCUCAUCGCGGGCAUUGCCGACAGCCCCCUCCCUCAGCCGGUCUCGAGCAACAACAACGAAUUCCCGAUCUGGGUCGUCGACGCCGGCAUACCGAGCCGGCAGCACUACGUAACCAUCAUCCUGCACUCUGCCACCUCCUCCGACCCAACAGCCAAGCCCAAUAUCCUCGGUGUCGUCGACGAAGCAGCCGUGAUCGAUCCCCUCCAGCACACCGGCGCUACCUAUUACAAGAAAGACCGCGCUCAGUGGAGUCUGCGGCGGCUCCUGGGCGACACUGCCGCCUUUGCCGAUGAAAAUCAGAACCCCUGGCGCACAGUCUGGGUCCCGCCGCAGGAGCCAGAGGACCGUUUCAGCUCGGGCUUCCGGGCUUUCUCUAUCGUGGCGCAGUUUUUUGACCGCGUUGGCGCUUACCAUGCUUCUGGGAAGGAGUUUGGCAGGGUUGGCUUCUGGGCGCCUACAAGGCCGUGGUUUAAUGUUUAUCUUGUCCGCGGCGAGAUGUUGGGUUUGGUGGCGGCGAAGGCUUUGGCGGAGACGGGGUGGAAGACACGGCUGGUGUUGUCUCUGGUUGCUCCUUCUGCUGGUGCCUCGGGGAGAGGGGCGCUCCCGACCUCCGAGAGCGAACAAGGCAACGAGAGCAGACCCAGCAAGUGGGACGAAGAUCGGUAUGACAGGACCAAGGAUUACAGAGAGAAGAUGCAAGAACAUAUCGGCUGGGCAAUGGGAUCUGUCGAGGAAGCCGAGCGCCGGGCCACAGAAGCUUUAGAAGUAGCCGACAGAAUCCACGGAAAGAUGCUGGACAGAUCUUUUGAGUGGCCGGCGGACAGUCCUGAAGGGAUAGAAACGGUGGAGGACCAGCUCGCAGAUGCCCAAAAAAAUAUCCUGCAGGAAAUACAGAAGAUUGCGGCUGCAAGAGCAGAAGAAUUAUUGCAAACCGACCAGCAAGAGGCAGAAAAGGGCAAAGGGGAAUCAAAGAAGCGCGCAGGCUCGGAGAAUUCGAGGGCCAGCGAAAAGAAACGCAAGGCUCUGGAACAUGAAAAGGGGCUGGUCUUGCCUAGCCAGGAGGAGGAACCGCCCCAAGACGAAGAGUUACACGAAGAUGCCACACAGAAGCCGAUUGCUACAGCAGAUGCUGGGACUCAAACGAUGAGAGUCCCUAGAGAGGAUGUAGGUGAACAGACCAUCGCCCGAUGGCUCGAAAGCACCCAGCAGGGUUCGGUCAAUGAUUGGGAGGAAGACGGCACCCAGCCGGAGAAGGCACCCGAAUUCCCCGACGACCUUGCCGACAUGGACGAAGAGGGCAUUGAAGGCUUUGCAGAGUUAUUGGAUAAAGGCGCCAAGGUACCGGCAGACUAUUCGAGCAAGCUGUACGGGAGCGUUCUUCUGGAUUGCCUGGGCGAAUCAAUCCGCCAUGAGUCCCCAAGGCUGUUCCAGGUACUGGUAGACCAUGGCGCCGUACACAGCAAGAGGCUUGCUAGGUCGCUGAGACGAAUGGCAAAGGAGGAGGAAGACGAAUAUAUGGCACAUAUGCUUGAAAAAUACCUGUAA